AUGUUUCGGCAAAGCGAAGAACACCAGGAUGAAUGCAGAUUUUUUCACGGAGUUUCUUGGAAUAUUUUCUUGCGAUCACUAUCGCCCUUUGACGCACAAUUUUAUGACAAGCAUGCAAUGAUCAAUGUGAACAACACCUUGAAAGUUAUAUCAUCACAUUCUACAUUCCAACCUGUUAUUAAAGCAACUGUUAUUUGGGUGAAGUCUUCCUCACUGGAAUUAGCUUCUUCAUAUAGGUUAUCAAGUGAAUCAUGUUAUCUCAAUUGGGUCAAAGUUUCUAGUUCACUCUCGGUAAUUGUCAUUGUCAUCAUUGUUCUAAAUUGA